AUGUUCCUUUAUAUGUUAGUUAAGGAUGUGCUGGUUCUAUAUUCCUUGAAUGCAUGUACUUACCAAGCACAGACUUCAAAGUGUCAACAAUUGAAAGAGAGAUGUGUGGCUGCAGGAAAUGGAUGCGAAAGUGUCUGGAAUUUACUGGAAGAAGUUUGUUACAUUUCAGGCAACAGCUGUGCAGUAAAAGAUUCAACCAACUGUAAUAAAAUAAUUCAGUUUUUAGUUGAGCAGUUCCCAGAAUUUAAAGACUGCUUCUGCAUAAAAGAUAAACUGCAGCAUCGGAAUGUGGUGGGGGAAAAAUGCCCCAGUGAUAAGUACCAUCAGUUUAAGACAAAUGAAGACAAAUGGCUUGAGAGUCAGUCAAGGCUCAACCUGAAGGCAAUUGAUGUAUAUAAUGACAUGAAAGCAAAAUCACUCUGGAAGUUAUCAGCACUUUCAAACUAUGAGUACAAACAGCCGCCAUCCUGCUUCCAAGCAAACAUGGAAUGCGUGAAUGAUGAAGUCUGCAACAAGCAGUUGUCUUCAUAUCUCCAAGCGUGCCAAAGAAACGGAAGUUCCUGUGAUGUAAAUCGAUGCCGGGAAGCCCUACAUGCCUUCUAUACGGAUAUGCCUUUCCAGGUGGCUCAGAUGCUGACCUUCUGCGACUGUACGAAGUCAGAUGACAACUGCCAUCAAGCCAGACAAUUCCUCCACGGCCAUUCAUGUGCCAUCAAAAUGGUCCCGACCCCUAGCUGUGUUCAUGUAAUGCAAGCGUGUCAGGAAAACAAGCUUUGCUGGAGCAAAUAUGAGGCAUUUACGUCAAAGUGUUUAAAACACAUCAGCCAAGACUGCCUUGAAGAAAACUCCUGCCUCAAGACUUGGGAGGCCACUGACCCAAUUUGUUCAGAGAGCGUCGACUGCAGAGAGGCUUAUGUGGGCCUGUGGGGAUCCGUCCUUCGAGUCAAGUGUACCUGUGAGGCCGCAUCACAAGCUGAGCAGUCUGUGUGCCAGUGGUUCCAUCGUAUGCUCCAUGGCAAAGUUUGCUUACCCAGAUAUCAGUGGAGGCAUGACCUUUACACAUCGCAGAUAGAACUCCCUGAAAAGCAUGUAACUGGUGAACAGUCUUUGUUUUACGAUGACACCAUCAUUACUAUUCUCUACGUCUCCUGCAUCAUUCUUAUCCUGGGAAUAAUCCUUCUGGCUUUGUUAAAGACCAGAGCACUUUUUAGUGCACUGCACAUGCGCACAGGCGUAUGGCGCACCGACGAGCGAACCAGCAGUAGUGACUGCCAAAACCCACCCCUGGGGUCCUACACAAAAUUCCCCUAUGGUAGAACCUAUCCCACCAGCAAUAACCAAUAG